GUUCAUUAAAUGACCUUCUAACAGGUAUUCUACUACAUAAAUUUUGGUAUUCAUUUUUGACAUUUCACUGCCUUGUUAUCGCAUUUCUGCCAACGUCAAAUAAAAAAAAUUUGAGGCAAGUCUUUUUAUAAGUUGUGUGCGUGUGUCGAUGACUGCAGCGGAUUGUGUUCGUGAAAAAUUAGAUUAAAUACUGCUGAAUAUGGCUAAAAAAAGGAAUGAAGAGUACGCAGGAGAUGGCGAUGAUGGUGAUUACAAUGAAGAGCCAAAUUUUGAAGAUCCGGAAGGUUUUGUUGACGAUAUUUCCGAUGAAGAAUUGCUAGCUGAUAUGCUAGCGCAGCGUCCGUGCGAAACCGAUGGCGUCGAAAGUGUUGUUGUUGUUGAUAACAUACCAAAAGUAGAACCAAUACGUUUGGAUAAAUUGAAAUCUGUUAUUCAAAAAUUGUUUUUGCAUUGUGGAGAAAUUGUGAAUGUUGUUUAUCCUACCGAUGAUGAAGGGAGAACCAAAGGCUACGCAUUUAUGGAAUUUAAAAAUGCUGGUAUGGCUGAAGAAGCAGUUAGGCAGUUAAAUAAUCAUCGCUUAGAUAAAAAUCAUACUUUUGCUGUUAAUUUGUUCACUGAUUUUCAAAAGUAUGAAAAUAUACCUGAGAAGUGGGAACCACCAACUCCACAACCAUUCAAGACACAAGAUGAUCUUUACAAUUUCAUUAAUGACGCUGAUGCUUACGAUCAAUACUGUGUGGCUGCUGAAAAUUCGCCAAGUGGUGUACAAGUUGCAUUUUGGCAAAACACUUUACCUGAACCUACUGAGCUCGAAACGCGUGAUCGCUUUACUGACACAUUUGUCAAAUGGUCACCAUUGGGUACUUAUGUUGUUACUUUCCAUAAGCCUGGUGUAGCAAUUUGGGGUGGUAGUAGCUUCCAAAAAAUACAAAAGUUCCCACACCCUGGUACACAGUUUGUAGAGUUUUCACCCUGCGAAAAUUACCUUGUCACCUAUGGCCCAACACCAACUGGCCAAAAAGUCAUUAUUUGGGAUAUACGUACUGGUACGGAGAAACGCUCAUUCGUUGCUGAUGGAAUGUCAGUUUUAUCAAUGUUUCGCUGGUCGCAUGAUGAUAAAUAUGUAGCACGUUUGGGUGAAAACUCUAUACACAUAUAUGAAACCCCUUCAUUCUUCUUGCUUGAUUUGAAAUCGAUCAAAAUCUCGGGCAUACGUGGAUUCUCCUGGUCACCAACUGAUAACGUAAUUGCCUAUUGGGUGGAAGAACAAAAUCAAAUACCUGCACGUGUAACACUUUUGGAAAUCCCAAAGAAACGUGAAAUACGCAAUAAAAAUCUUUUCCACGUCGCCGAUUGUAAAUUGCAUUGGCAAAAAUCUGGUGACUAUCUUUGUGUAAAAGUUGAUCGUUAUUCUAAAUUGAAGAAAGACAAAAAGGAACUUGAUGUUAAAUUCCUUGGCAUGUUUUACAAUUUUGAAAUUUUCCACAUGCGUGAGAAAGAAAUUCCAGUAGAUUCGGUUGAAAUACGUGAACUUAUAUUAGCAUUUGCUUGGGAGCCUGUUGGUAACAAAUUUGCUAUUAUUCACGGUGACCAAAACAACUCAAACGUUAGUUUCUAUGAAGUUAAUAAGGGUGUUAAACCUUCACUUGUUAAAAAGUUGGAAAAGAAAUCAUGCACUCAUCUCUUUUGGUCACCACGCGGACAAUUCAUUGUAAUGGCUAACUUGACCACUGGCACGUUUGAAUUUGUUGAUACAACCAAUGACUUUAUAAUAACAGCAUCACCCGAUCACUUCCGUGCUUCAGAGGUAGAAUGGGACCCUACCGGACGUUACGUUGUCACCGGUGUAUCAUCUUGGAAAGUUAAAGAAGAUACUGGUUUCAAUAUGUACACUUUCCAGGGUCGUAUUAUCAGACGCACUAUUUUGAAAAAUUUCGUACAAUAUUUAUGGCGUCCACGACCACCAACUUUGUUGUCAGAACAACAACAGAAGGACAUAAAGAAGAAUUUGAAGAAAUACUAUUCAAUAUUUGAACAAAAGGAUCGUAUGCGUUUAACACGCGCCUCUAAAGAAUUGCUUGAGAAACGCGCACAAUUACGCGAACAAUUUAUGGAAUAUCGCAAUAAGCGUAUUCAAGAAUGGAAAGAACAGAAGAGCAGACGUCUGCAGCUAAGAAAUCAUAUUGAUACUGAUAAUUUGGAAACUGAAGAAGUUGAUGAAGAAAUUGUUGAAUUUUUAAUUAAAGAAGAAAUCACUGUACUCGAGUAGUCGACCAACGUAUAUGCAGUUUUUUUUUUUGUAUUAGUAUUAUAAAGCACGUCCGAGCACGACUAUAUAAUACUAUUUAAAAAUAUUAAUAAUUACAAGCGAUAACAGCAUCAAUCGAUCUGUGCUCAAAUUAUAUUCAUUACAUAUAUAUCACAGGUCGUUUGAUUAAAGCGGUUUACUAUUACAUGCGAGUCGCCCAAUUAUAAUCACAUUUGGGAAACAGACAAUUUUACAUAAAAUAAUACAUCUUUAAUCUAUAAAUUUUAUUAAUUGGCAUACAUAAUAUUU